ACAUGGCUACAUGAAUUUGAAAACUGCUACACUGUCAAAUUUGACUAGCUUUGUAACAUUUCGCUUGAAACAUGAAACUGCUUAAAGUUCCAAAUAUAGAGGAAGUUCCUUACAAAUUAGGCGACCUUGAACGCACCAACAUUUUAUUGCUAGGCUGGCUUGCGCUAGGUAGGAAGGCAGAAUUACAGAAUGUGCAAAGUUUCUUCGGGAAAUAGCAACCGAAAUUUUUUUUAAAGUCGUUUUUAAAAAAUGAAUCUUGUUUAGACCAGCACCCAUUUCUUGGCAUUGGACGAUGGAGUACAUUUUAACGCCAAAGGUGGAAGAAGUGAAAUUGUUGGAUCGAUACACUGCAAAGAAGCCAGCCAUUGGCACUCUCUAUCUAACAGCAACCCAUCUAAUCUUUGUGGAGACCUCCUGUAACACUCGCAAGGAAACCUGGAUGUUACACCAUCUCAUAGCCACAGUAGAGAAACUCCCUCUUACAGCCAUGGGAUGCCCACUUCACAUUUCCUGCAAGAAUUUCCAUGUGGCUCACUUUGUCAUUUCCAGUGAGAGGGACUGCCAAAAUGUUCAUCAGUCCCUGGUCAGACUCUCCCAACCAGGGAAAGUGGAAGAGUUGUAUGCUUUUCUUUACAACCCAAAACAAGAUGAAGAUGAGAGAAGAAAUGGUUGGGGCUUUAUUGACUCAGCCAUGGAUUUCAAAAGAAUGGGAUUGCCCAAUGAGUUUUGGGAAAUGACAGACCUCAACAAGAACUAUGAGCUUUGCAGCACAUAUCACUCAGAACUGGGCAUUCCUAAAACCGCAAGCAAGGGCACAGUCUUUGGGAGUGCCAAAUUCAGGAGCAGGGGGCGCAUUCCUACUCUCUCCUACUACCACAAGGAAAGUAAUGCUGCCAUUUGCCGCUGUAGCCAGCCCCUGUCCGGGUUAAGUGCUCGGUGUGUAGAAGAUGAGGAGAUGCUACAGGCAAUCAGCCGGGCUAAUCCCAAAAGCACCUUCAUGUAUGUGGUGGAUACCAGGCCUAAGGUAAUAAAUACGCUUUCAGAUAAUUGUAUUGCUAAUUUCCCCUGUAUGUUUCAAUUGCCCCAUCCUAAUCCAAACCAUCCUGCUUUUUUCCCCCAGUUGAAUGCAAUGGCCAAUAGAGCAGCAGGGAAGGGAUACGAGAAUGAGGACAACUACUCAAACAUCUGCUUUCAGUUUGUGGGCAUUGAGAAUAUCCAUGUCAUGAGGAACAGUCUGCAGAAGCUUCUGGAAGUAUGUGCUAUGAAGUCUCCAACAAUGAGUGACUACUUGACGGGACUGGAGAAUUCUGGUUGGCUGCGUCACAUCAAGGCUGUGAUGGAUGCUGGAGUAUUUCUGGCUAAGGCUGUGGCUGAGGAUAAGGCUAGUGUGCUUGUACACUGCUCAGAUGGCUGGGAUCGCACCGCUCAGGUGUGUUCUUUGGCAAGCAUCCUCUUGGACCCCUUCUAUCGUACCAUCAAGGGACUCAUGGUUUUGAUAGAAAAAGAAUGGAUAUCUAUGGGGCAUAAAUUCACACAAAGGUGUGGGCAUGUGGAUGGGGAUCCCAAGGAGGUGUCCCCUGUAUUCACCCAGUUCAUUGAAUGUCUUUGGAAUCUCAUGGAGCAGUACCCCUGUGGCUUUGAGUACAACGAGAAGUACCUUUUGGAAAUCCACAACCAUGUUUACUCCUGCCAGUUUGGAAAUUUCAUUGGCAACUGCCAAAGAGAGCGAGAGGAGAUGCGACUUUAUGAGAGGACCUUCUCAGUUUGGCCAUUUCUCUGGGAGAACCGCCAUCAGUACAGAAAUCCUCUGCACAAAUGCUCAUUAGGGAGGGAGGUUCUGAGACCAAGCACAUUGCCGUUGAAUUUCAAGUUUUGGUGUGGCAUGUAUAACCAUUUUGACAAGGGCAUGCAGCCAAAGCAGUCCAUUCUGGAUCACCUGUUAACCAUAACACAGAAAAGGGCAGAGGGUGAGAAGAAAAUGACAGAUCUCCAGAUACAGUUGGCAGUCAUGGAUGGUGUUCUGGCAGAUCAGGGCAGUCCAACAGGCACGCCACCUGAACAAACCUCUUUGUCUCCUGUAUCGGUUAGCCACACAGCCGAAAAUGCUAAACCACUCAUGAAUGGCGCUGCAGUGGAGGAGGCUGAAAUAGAGUUGGUACCUACUGCAGGGAGCGAGAAGAUGGAACCAGUAGCUAUAGAAAAUUGAGUUACUGCCAUAAAGGGCACAGUUGUUUCCAUGGAGAUCAAAGAUGUCAGAGGAGGGACAAAGUUCCUCUGAAAUAACCACUGAAGCAGUUAAGCUUGUGGCCUGAUUAUCCAAUCUGUUAGUUGACUGAGCAAAUUACAGCCUUAUUGAUGAAACAAAUUCUGAUCCAAUUCUUUAGCAGCCAUAGAAGUUGAACAUUUAUUUAACAAUUUAUUUUACAACCUUUUUUGGAGGAUAAAUACAGUGUCUUUGUAAAGUAUUCAGACCGCUUGACUUAUUCCACAGUUUGUUACGUUACAGCCUUAUUAACAAUUUUUACAUAUGUAUUACUAUGUUAUGUUUACUCAGUACUUUGAAAUCGCUGCCAAAGGUGCUUCAACAGCCUCGAGCUACACGCUUGGUACACCUGUAUUUGGGGAGUUUCUCCCAUUAUUCUCUGCAGAUGAUAGAGAUGUUCAAUCAGGUUCAUGUCCGGGCUCUAGCAGGGCCAUUCAAGGACAUUCAGAGACUUGUCCCAAAGCCACUCCUGCAUUGUCUUGGCUCUAUGCUUGGUUUCAUCAGACCAGAGUAUCUUGUUUCUCAUGUUCUGAGAUUCCUUUAGGUGCCUUUUGGCAAACUCCAAGCGACCUGUCAUGUGCCUUUUACUGAGGAGUGGCUUCCGUCUGGCCACUCUACUGUAAAGGCCUGAUUGGUUUGGCCGGGCGGUGAGCUCUAGGAAGAUUCUUGGUUGUUCCAAACUUCUUCCGUUUAAGAAUGAUGGAGGCCCUUCAAUGCAGCAGAUUUUUAUUUUGUACCUUCCCCCAGAUCUGUGCCUCGACACAAUUCUGUCUCGGAGGUCUGCGGACUAAUCUUUCAACCUCAUGGCUUGGUCUUUGCUCUGAAAUGCCCCGUCAACUAUGGGACCUUUUUAUAUUGACAGGUUUGUUCCUUUGCAAAUAAUUUUCAGUCAAUUGAAUUUACCACAGGUGGUCUCCAAGUUGUAGAAACAUCUCAAGGAUGAUCAAUGAAAACAGGAUGCACUCGAGCUCAAUUUCGAGUCUCAUAGCUGAAUACUUAUGUAAAUAAGGUAUUCAUAUUUAUUUUUUAUUCAUUUGCAAAAAUGUCUAGAAUCCUGUUUUUUUUUCGCUUUGUCAUAUUUAGUGUAGAUUAGGGGGAAUAAAAAAAUAAUAUUAAAAAAAUCUAUUUUAGAAUAAGACUGUAAUGUAACAAAAUGUGGAGAAAGUCAAGGGGUCUGAAUACUUUUGGAAUGCCAUAUAUAUAUAUAUAUAUAUAUAAGUACCAGUCAAAAGUUUGGACACACCUACUCAUUCAAGGGUUUUUCUUAUUUUUUUUCUACUUUGUAGAAUAAUACUGAAGACAAACUAAUAACACAUAUGGAAUCAGGUAGUAACCAAUAGUCUUAAAUAAAUCAAAGUAUAUUUUUAUAUGGGUGGGCAGGUAGCCUAGUGGUUAGAGCAUUGGACUAGUAACCGAAAGGUUGCAAAAUCAAAUCCCCGAGCUGACAAAGUACAAAUCUGUCGUUCUGCCCCUGAACAAGGCAGUUAAUCCUCUGUUCCUGGGACGUCAUUGAAAAUAAGAAUUUGUUCUUAACUGACUUGUCUAGUUAAAUAAAGGUCAAAUAAAUAUUUGAGAUUCUUCAAAGUAGCUACCCUUUGCCUUGACAGCUUUGCAUGGUCUUGGCAUUCUCUCAACCAGCUUCAUGAAGUAGUCACUUGGAAUGCAUUUCAAUUAACAGGUGUGCCUUGUUAAAAGUUCAUUUGUGGAAUUUCUUUCCUUAAUGCGUUUGAGCCGAUCAGUUGUGUUCUGAGAAGGUAGGGUUGGUAUACAGAAGAUAGCCCUAUUUGGUAAAAUACCAAGUCCAUAUUAUGCCAAGAACAGCUCAAACAAACAGAGAAAUUAGUCCAUCAUUUUAAGGCAUGAAGGUCAGUCAAUGCAGUUUCUUCCAAGUGCAGUUGCAAAAACCAAGUGCUAUGAUGUAACUGGCUCUCAUGAGUAGGACCGCCACAGGAAAGGAAGACCCAGAGUUACCUUCAUUAGAUUUAACUGCACCUCAGAUUGCAGCCCAAAUAAAUGCUUCACAGAGUUCACUUAACAGACACAUCUCAACAUCAACUGUUCAGAGGAGACUGCUUGAAUCAAGCCUUCAUGGUCAAAUUGUUGCAAAGAAACCACUACUAAAGGACACCAAUAAUAAGAAGAGACUUGCUUGGGCCAAGAAACACGAGCAAUGGAUAUUAGACCGGUGGAAAUCUGUCCUUUGGUCUGAUGAGUCCAAAUUUGAGAUUUUUGGUUCCAACCGCCGUGUCUUUGUGAGAAGCAGAGUAGGUGAACGGAUGAUCUCCGCAUGUGUGGUUCCCACCGUGAAGCAUGGAGGAGGAGAAGUGGGGGUGCUUUGCUGGUGACACUGAAUUAUUUUCGAAUUCAAGGCACAUCACAGCAUUCUGCAGCGAUACACCAUCCCAUCUUGUUUGCCCUUAGUCCCACUAUCAUUUGUUUUUCAACAGGACAAUUACCCAACACACCUCCAGGUUGUGUAAGGGCUAUUUGACAAAGAAGCAGAGUGAUUGAGUGCUGAAUCAGAUGACCUGGCCUCCACAAUCACCUGACCUUAACCAAAUUGAGAUGUUUUGUGAUGAGUUGGACUGCAGAGUAAAGGAAUAGCAGCCAACAAUACUCAGCAUAUGUGGGAACUCCUUCAAGACUGUUGGAAAAGCAUUCCAGGUGAAGCUGGUUGAGAGAAUGCCAAGAGUGUGCAAAGCUUUCAUCAAGGCAAAGGGAUCUCAAAUAUAAAAUAUAUUUUGAUUUGUUUAACACUUUUAGGUUACUACAUGAUUCCUACAUGAUGUGUUAUUUAAUAGUUUUGAUGUCUUCACCAUUGUUCUACAAUGUAGAAAAUAGUAAAAUAAAGAAAAACCUUUGAAUGACUAGGUGUCCUCCUUGCUUGCACACGCUUUUUCAGUUCUGCCCACAAAUGUUCAAUAUGAUUGAGGUCAGGGCUUUGUGAUGGCCACUCCAAUACCUUGACUAUGUCCUUAAGCCAUUUUGCCACAACUUUGAAACUAUGUUAGGGGUCAAUGUCCAUUUGGAAGACCCAUUUGCGACCAAGCUUUAACUUCCUGACUGAUGUCUUGAGAUGUUGCUUCAAUAUAUCUCAAUUUUCCUGCCUCAUGAAGCCAUCUAUUUUGUGAAGUGCACCAGUCCCUCCUGCAGCAAAGCACCCCCACAACAUGAUGCUGCCACUCCCGUGCUUCACGGUUGGGAUGGUGUUCUUCGGCUUGCAAACCUACCCCUUUUUCCUCCAAACAUAACGAUGAUCAUUAUGGUCAAACAGUUCUAUUUUUGUUUCAUCGGACCAGAGGACAUUUCUCCAAAAAGUACGAUCUUUGUUCCCAUGUGCAGUUGCAAUCCGUAGUUUGGCUUUUUUAUGGCGGUUUUGGAGCAAUGUCUUCUUCCUUUCUGAGCGCCCCUUCAGGUUAUGCCGAUAUAGGACUUGUUUUACUAUGGAUAUAGAUACUUUUGUACCUGUUUCCUCCAGCAUCUUCACAAGGUCCUUUGCUGUUGUUCUGGGAUUGAUUUGCACUUUUCGCACCAAAGUACGUUCAUCUCUAGGAGACAGAAUACGUCUUCUUCCUUCCUUUUUCUGAGGUCUUGGUUGAUUUCUUUUGAUUCUCCCAUGAUGUCAAGCAAUGGGGCACUGAGUUUGAAGGUAGGCCUUGAAAUACAUCCACAGGUACACCUCCAAUUGACUCGAAUUAGAUCAAUUAGCCUAUCAGAAGCUUCUAAAGCCAUUACAUAAUUUGUUUGAAGUUUCCAAGCUGUUUAAAGGCACAGUCAACUUAGUGCAUGUAAACUUCUGACCCACUGGAAUUGUGAUACAGUGAAUUAUAAGUGAAAUUAUCAGUCUGUAAACAAUUGUUGGAAAAAUUACUUGUGUCAUGCACAAAGUAGAUGUCCUAACUGACUUGCCAAAACAAUAGUUUGUUAGCAAGAAAUUUGUGGAGUGGUUAAAAACUAGUUUUAAUGACUCCAACCUAAGUGAAUGUAAACUUCCGACAUCAACUGUAUUUAGUAUCCCAUAGAAACCCACUCUAUGGCAUAAUAAAUGUUGAGGCUCUGUAUGAAUCAAGGAUACUGAAAUACUCCCCAACAAAGGGAAUAUGCUGUAAAAGUAUAGACCUAAGUUUGGUUUAAUUUUGCGAUGUAAUGAUUGUUAAAGGUGCAAUAUGCUAAAAUUCAAAUAGUUGUACCUUAUAUCAGUUUCACAAAACGAGCAGUCAUUGUGUAGAGAAUCAUUUCACCAUCUAUCCCGCUAGAAAAAUAUGUUUUCCAUAACCAAUUAUAUUGUAUUUUCAGCUGUUUGAAUCUAGUGUACCAAAACUAAAGUGAAAGACUCAAACAAAACUUAAGAACGGGGAACAUAGAAGUAGUGCACAUAGAACAGAUAUACCACUUCUUAUACUUGCUUUUAAUGAGAAUGACAGAUCUGUAACUCACUUUUCUAUGUGACUUUGGUUGGGUCGCCCAAAAAGUUACAUAUUGCAGUUUAAAUGAGAGAGAUUCACUGAAAAUAGUUGUUUUUAUGUAUUUUAUAAUGCCCUUUUAUUGUACUGCAAACAUGCUGAAUAUGCUCCACAUGUGUCUUUGUUAUUUACAACAACAUUUUAAUGAAUUGAUAUCUGCCUUUUCUUGUCACUUUCUUGAAAUGCCAUUUUGUAGAAAAGGACCAAAUAAAUGCAAAACUGUUUAUGUAGAAAGAAUAGCACAGCCUGAACAAAUUGCAAUGCAUGGAUAUUUUUCAAACAUGUCAGAGUACAAAAGAGGCUGUACCAGAGAUGAGGCAUGUGUGAAUUUAAAAGCAAUGAUCAAAUGUGUUCUUUAUAUUUCUUUGCAGGUUUUUCUAGAAUAUUGAGGCCAGUUAUAUAAAGUGUUCUUUCUCAUCUGUGAUUUCAAGGUUGUGAUAAUGCAUAGUUUGUGAUCAACUGUAACAAAUUUAUUUCCAACAAAAUGAUUGCACUUUUAUUUGUUUGAGUUGCCAAACCACAUUUUUAAGGCAAUAUAGUUUAUCUGAAUGGACUGUGUGUCAUUGUAGCAUGGAGCAAAUUACAUUAUGUUUACAUUCUCCAUAAUCAAGUGCAACCUGUGAGAUGCAGCGAGAAAAAAAUACACCAGCCAGAGGGUCAUUUCCAUUAUUUCAGGGGGCUUUGAAUGUGAGAAGUUCAUUCUAGUGUAUAAAUGAAAUUUGCAAGCAGUUAAUUUGAUGUAAUGGAAAUGUGUAGGAUGUUAAAUGUAAAGGGAAUUUAAUAUACUGCAAUGUCACUGUGCAGGAAGAGCAAUCAAUUUUCAAUCAAAAGUUGAGCAAUGAACACCACGCUGAUGGGAACAAUUUUUGUACAAUAUAAGUUUCUGAAUAUUCUUAAAUGUAUACCCAAAA